AUUGUGAAUAGUUGUUCUGAUAUGAGUAUUUUGUUUAUAAAUGUUUUUCUUAUUUGCCGUGAUUAAAAAUGAUUUGUUGCUUGUGUUUAAACGAAUUGGAAUAUGAGACUGCAGUUGCAUUACCAGAAGAAGACAAUUCAACGAAAUCUUUAAUUAAAUUGAUUUUAAAUUAUAAUCGAUUAAAGGUUUCAGACAGCUAUUUUGAAGCUACAAGUUACAUAUGUCUCGAAUGUAACGAACGCUUAUUUGAGUUUCAUCAAUUUUGCUUGUAUGUAAAAAAGAAACAAAAUGCUAUAAAAAUAAAUCGUUUAGAGAUUAUAUUACCUUUGGUAAAUGAAAAUGACGAAUACAUAGAAAAUAUAUCGAAUAAUGGUGAAGACGUAUAUAAUGAUGAAUCAAAUGGCUGUGUAGAUGAACAAGCACAAUGUGAAAAUGUGGAAGAAACUAAUAAAGUCCAAAGUGAGGAUAGGAAAAAUUGUUUGAAAUGUAAUAUGUGUAAUAAGGCUUUUCAAUCGAAGAUAUGGUUACAACAUCAUAAAAAACGUGUUCAUGAACAAAAAAUUAAUCGGCUAUGCAAAAUAUGCAAUCAGAGUUUUUAUAAACCAGAAACAUUACGACGUCAUAUACAAAAUGUACAUAACAAUACAUAUUUAUAUGUAUGUGAUAUUUGCGGUAAAAAAUUCAAGUCUAAAACUUCUCAUACAAAACACAUACUUGCACAUCAAGGCAUUGCAGAGCCACCUGAGCAAUGUGAGACAUGUGGAAAAUGGCUUAAGAAUAAACACUGCUUAACUGUGCACCGAAUAUCACAUACUGCUCCACACAUCGAACAAUGUCAUCUAUGUGAGCGCGUAUGCAGCAACAAAAUUUCACUAAGACAACACAUUAAAUACGUCCACAAAUUAGAUAAGAAACAUAAAUGUCACAUUUGUAGAAAAUCUUUCAAACUACAAAAAGAAUUGGAGGAACAUAGCGUUACGCAUACUGGAGCACAGCCAUAUUCUUGUUCGUAUUGUCCGAAGAAGUUCUCUGCUAAACCAAAUAUGUAUGUGCACAUAAAACGAGUACAUAUUGAGGAAUGGAGGGCUUUACAGCGCGCACGUUCAAAUGAUCCAAAUAUUAAUUUAAGCGCCCAAAAUUAAAUAUCGUAAGUUAAUAAAAAUUAUUUGGCUUUUAUAGCUCUACGAUCGUUUUAGAUCGACCUAUGAUAGGAAUUAUUUUUAAGUAUAAUUAAAUAAUGUUAGCACAGAUUCGCUAACAGUGUAACUACAUAUUUGAUAUUUGGACAAUAUAUAUAAA